AGAUAUAGGAGAUGUAUUCAGUCUUAUGAGUUUAAUAACAACUAAUCUAACUUCAAAGGUUGGAACAGGAUUAUUGAAAAAUGAGAUAAACAAAAUCAGUAAUCUAAUUCUCAAAGCUUGGCUGAUGUCAAUUAGGUCUGAUGAAAGUUUGGGAGAUGUUUAUGUGCGAGUAUUAGAGGGAGGAGGGGGACUAGAUCAACCCUCAGGAGAUAAUGGUGUUGGUUCUAUAUUGGAGGGAUUUCUCUAUCGUCUCACAGAAGAAGAAGAAGAAAGCUUGCAGGCGUUAAAAGCUCCUAUCAAGGUGUGCCUGUACGACUGUAUGCUGGACAAAGAUCAGUCUGGGGAAGGUUGGGAGCGAACUAAACUAUAUUACAGGUCUAGAACUAAGAAAAGCAAAAAAUAUUCCAAGUUCGUGGAUUCGUUGAAGUCAGCUGGCGUUCAACUGUUUGCUUGCAGGCUUGAGCAGGUGGCUGGAGGAAUUGUACAAACUUCUGUACAUGCCAGGUGUGGCCAGAUAAACCUUGAUGUAUUUGGAACUCUUACUGAACAAAAUAGAUUAGAACUUAAACUCCAGGUUCAAAAAUCCAUACAGGCGUUACAGUCCUUAGUUACACAGUCCUUAGUUACACAGACUGUUCCCCUGUUUGUACCAGGAGGAGGAUGUUUAGAAACUAGAAUUGCUCUCUCUCUACUCAACCCAAAGGGUUUACAGGAUGGAGAGCAGAGGAACCAGCUGGCAAAAAUAUUCUUUAAUAUGGCGGCACAUUUUCAAACUCAGCAGACUUAUGAGAUCUAUGUUGAUGUAAAAUUCGGGCAUUUGUGGAAAUCCGCAAGUUCUCUCUCAUGUGCGUGUGGUCUUAUUCAUCAAGAGGCAGAGGCGUCCGAGAGUUUUAUGGAUAAUAUUAUAGAGCCUGGAACUCUGAGAGUAUCUCUUAUGGAAUUAUUGAAUAGAUCAGAGUUAAAAACUGAUCUCCAUAAUGUUGUAAUUGUUAAGCAUCCACAUUUUGAGAGGGAAAAAUGCGCGGCAGAAACGCAUUUACUUGUUGACAGCUGGCAGAUCAAAUCCGCAGCUUUCUUAUCAGCUGUUGAGUCCGCUACUAGUCUCCAUAAUAUUUCUUCCAUUCUUAAUAUUUAACAGUAAUGUGCAUAACUAGCUGAAGUGCCCAUCGAAUUUUGAGAAGAAAAAAUCGAUUAAAAACAAAUUUUGAAUUUAGUAUAGCCUAUGUUACCCCCGGGUUACCCAUGGCCCAGGGUUUCCUAAUGAAAUAAUUCAACCAAUUUGGUCCAACCGUUUAGCCAGCUAUAGCUAACACGAUGUACAGGGCGUCUCAAAAAGGGUCUACAAACUUAUUCGUAAUAGGAUUUCAAGAUUGAGACCAUUUUUUAAUCUCCUUACAAUUUCCGAUUCAAUUUUAUAAGACUCCUAAAACUUCCAAACUGAGUGAGUAAAUUUGGUAGGCCCUUAUUCACCGUUUUUUUGAGACACCCUGUAUAAAUGCAAAUAUAUAUAUAUAUUAUAAAUAUAAUAGCGGCUGCUUGUGAGGACAAGAACCAUCAAAUUAAUCUUGACCAACUUUUACUGUUUUCUCAUAAAUAGUAACUUCAGAGAAAUACAAAGUCCUUGAUCAGCAAAACUAGAAAUUGUUUGAUUUUUUUAGCAGUGCUUAGGAUCCGCAAAAAUUUGUGUAUCCAUUGAAUCUGAUUCAAGGGCAAAAUAUCAACCAAAAACUGCAAAAAAAUGUCUUUUUCUCUCAAAAUUCAAAUCUGAACUGAUGAAAAAAGAGGAAUUAUCAAAAAUACCCUACGAAUGGUAUAUCAAGUUCUUGCAUAAAAAUAAGUAAAAAAAGUAAAAAAAAAAACAAUUUGAAAAAUCAGUAAAUCUGCACACCUGGAUCCGCAUCCACAU